AUGAACGAGCAAAGAGUCACCUAUGCAGAGAUGAAGCAGGAAAGGGUCUCAAAAAAACGGCAAGUGAAACCUAAAGAGAGUAAAAUCUCCACUACUGGAAAGCAGCAGGGAGUAAACUACGCAGAAUCAAGUCCUCACAAUGCUGCUCAGGAUCCUCAGGAGAAUGGCAAGUCCUGUCGCCUCAAAGACAUUUAUGAAAUCCAUAUCAGUUUUGUCAUGGAUUGGAGUCCACCGCAACGGCAGCGAUCAGCCAUGGACAUUUGUGUUUCCAUUUCUCUCCCUGCAGCCUCACCAUUACCUCCAGGGCAGAUUGCUGCUGAGGUCCUGGGGAUCGUCUGCCUGGUCUUGGUGUCCACUAUAGUGAAGACCAUAGUCCUGAUUCUCCGCCAUCACUGUGGCCCUUGUGCAAAGGAGUGGUUAACAUACUCUAACAGCUGCUAUUACAUCAGUCCUGAGAAAAAAACCUGGAAUGAGAGCUUGAUGGCCUGUGCUGCUAAUAACUCUCACCUGCUCUACAUAGACAAUCAGGAAGAAAUGAAUUUUUUGAAAAUCUUUUAUAUAUUUCCAUGGAUUGGAGUCUCCCGCAGAACCAGUGGGAAUAAUUGGGUGUGGACAAAUGGCUUAGUUUUCUCUUCCAAACUGUUGACAAUAUCAGCAUCUCAGGAAUCGCAGGGCAAGAAUUGUGCAUAUUUCAAUAUUCAAGAUACCCGACUUUUUACUGAAUACUGUUCAGAAACAAAAAAAUAUGUAUGCAAGCACCGGGUAAAUGAGCUUACCUAA